AUGACGUGGUUUUCCUGUCCGGAUCGCUUUCUGUCGUCCAUAGCAACGCUUGUGUCAAUAAUCAGUCAGGUGAUUGGUGGAUUUACUUUUGGCUGGUCAGUGUCCUUCUAUCCACAAGUCUGGGAGAACUGGAGAAGGAAAAGUGUUAUAGGUCUCAACUUUGACUUCCUGGCUCUCAACCUGACUGGCUUCAUCGCUUACAGUGUCUUCAAUAUAGGGCUGUUCUGGGUGCCUUAUAUAAAGGAGGAGUUCCUGAAGAGGAACCCACAUGGAAUCAACCCUGUCAAUGCUAACGAUGUCUUCUUCAGUCUCCAUGCUGUCCUGCUCUGUUUGAUCUACAUUAUCCAGGCUGCAAUGUAUGAGAGGGGCGGUCAAAAGGUUUCUUGGAUGGCCUUGUUCUUGUUGAUCAUUGGCUGGACAUUUGCCUUGAUCAGCUUAUUCCUUGACGGUGCCAAACAGAUCACCUGGUUGGAUUACCUUUACUAUUUCUCCUAUAUUAAACUAGCAGUCACUCUGAUCAAAUACGUGCCGCAGGCGUACAUGAACUACAGAAGGAAGAGCACUGAGGGGUGGAGUAUCGGCAACGUGUUGCUGGACUUCACUGGUGGAGUCCUCAGUAUUCUGCAGAUGAUCUUGCAGUCUUACAAUAAUGAUGAGUGGGGGCUGGUAUUCGGUGAUCCUACAAAGUUUGGUCUUGGUCUGUUCUCUGUGGUGUUUGACAUCCUCUUCAUCACUCAACACUACUGCCUCUACCAAAAGCCACCACAGUACGAAGUAAUUUCGAGCAACGGGAAGACUGACGCUGAUCAGUGCAGUGUGGGUGAAACUUAACAAACACACGGGUACGCACGAUUGAUUACAUCGUCAGUUGUCACCUGAUUGACCAAGAAAUUGAAGCUGCUGAGGAGAGGUUAUGGUUGCCAUCACCUACACCAGUGAUCAUCAAGUUCAGCACUUUUUUUUUUUUACCACUGUAUGAAAAUUUUGAUUGAUAAAAUGGAUGAGAAAGAUUGA